CAAUCAUCAAACUCAAAAACCUCCAAUACAACCUCUUCCUCUUCACCAAAUCAAAUUCAUUUUUACCCAAGACAAUGGCAUUCUCCACCUUCUCCAUUCCAUUUCUGAUUUUGGGUGUGGCUCUGACAAUCUCUAUCUUCCCUGUCUACGGGCAACUGAAUACCCCUUGCACCGCCUCCAUGCUCACCAGCUUCACUCCAUGUAUGAAUUUCCUUACCAAUAGUAGUGCCAAUGGUACUUCCCCAACCUCGGACUGCUGCAACUCUUUCAAGUCCCUCACAAGCAGUGGCAUGGACUGUUUGUGCCUCAUUGUGACCGCAAAUGUCCCAUUCCAAAUUCCGAUUAACCGGACUCUCGCUGUCUCUCUCCCUCGCUCUUGUAACAUGCCCGGUGUCCCCGUCCAAUGCAAAGCCUCUGUUGCUCCUAUUCCAGCUCCAGGUCCAAUUUCACUAGCACCAACACUUUCUCCUGUAGCUUCACCAGGAGCUUCUGUUGUACCUGAGCCAACGCCAUCUGCUGAGGCCCCUGUAUCCGACACAACACCAUUUUUGACUCCUCCGUCAACAGAGGGUUCCGCAGCUCCUACAGCAACUACAGGGAGUCGCCCUGUUCUGACCCCGUCGGCUGCAGUGCCUUCUUACAAUCUUUCACCAUCUCUUCUUCUGGUUGCCGUGGGAUUUGUGGUUCUUAAUUACUACCACUAGACGGCAGCUGCUAUUGCUGCAUCCCUAUUUCUUUCUAUGUGCUUUUCCAUUUUUUAAGAUGUCUCAAAUAUUAUUUUGGCCCCUGGUGACAUGCUUUUUCGGUUUUUCCCCUUUUAUUUUACACAGUUUCUUUUUAUGCUACAAUAUACAUUGUAUGAGUUAUAAAGAAUAUUUUUUACA